CAAACUGACUGGUAGGGGCCAUCUCUUAUGAAGAGACGAUGACGAUGACCCCGACAAGGCCACUCCAAAGAAGGCUGCUCUGGAUGAGGCUGGUCUGAAUGAGGCCGCUCCCAGGACGAGGCCGCUCCCCAACGAGGCCGCUCCCCAAAUGAGGCCACUCGAAGAGGCGACGACAACCCCAACAAGGCCAUUCCGGACGAGGCUGCUCCGGACGAGGAUGCUCCCGACAACAACGAAGAGGCAACGACAACGAAGAGGCGACGACGACAAGGACGACAGUCCUGACGAUGCAGACUCUGCUCCCCAUGACGCUGCUCCCAACGAGGCCGCUCUGGAUGAGGCCGCUCCAGACGAGGCUGCUGCUGACGAGGUCGCUCCCCGGACAGGGCCGCUCCCCGGAAUGAGGCUGCUCCAGCGAGGCCACUCCCCGGAUGGGGCCGCUCCCCAGAAUGAUGCUGCUCCGGGGAGGCCGCUGGCGGCGAGGCUGCUGGGAGCGAGGUCGUUUGCCACGGCGCCACUGCCUACGACCGCAAUGACUAGGAAGACCACGACGCUCCUGUCGACCAUGAUGACCACGACACUCCUACUCUCCCAUCAACCAUGAUGACCACGACACUCUGACUCUC